AUGUUGACCGUGGCUGGAGCAGGAGAACGUAGUGGAGCCGAAGCCGGGGGACUGAGGGAACGCAGGCAGGAAGGCAGAGACGAGGCUGGCUGGAGAUGGGAGCACACGAUGUGGGACGAAGGAUGCUGGGAGACAACGGCGGCUUGGGAGCAACGCCUCUUGAACGGCGGCUUGGGAGCAACGGAGGACGUCCUGGGCGCGGCAGGCGACGGAGCAGCAGAGUCCUUGGCAGGCUCCGUGGAGGACGACCUGGGCGCGGCAGGCGGCGGAGCAGGAGAGUCCUCGGCAGGCUCCGUGGAGGACGGCCUGGGCGCGGCAGGCGGCAAAGCAGCAGAGUUCUCGGCAGGCUCCGUGGAGGACGGCCUGGGCGCGGCAGGCGGCGGAGCAGGAGAGUCCUCGGCAGGCUCCGUGGAGGACGGCCUGGGCGCGGCAGGCGGCGAGGCAGGGUCAGCCGGCGGCAGAGCAGUAGAGACUCAGGCGGCGGGCGUCGCGGUGGGCGACCCCGGCGAGGCGCAGUCAUCGGGCGGCGAAACGGCAGGGUCUUUGGUGGUGGUCGUCGCGGAAGGCGGCCCCGGCGAGGCUGGAACAGAGGCGGGCGUCGCGGUGGGCGACCUCGUCGUGGCUGGGUCAGCUGGCAGAGAGGCAGGAGGAUCUCAGGUAGCUGGCAGUGGACCUCUUGGACCGCCUCACAGGACCUUGGAGCCUUGGCUGGAGGCGAGUUCCCCUGGACCACCUCUCUGGACUGGAGAGCUGGCACUGGAGGCGGGUUCCCCUGGACUGCCUCUCUGGACUCUGGAGGCUUGACCGGAGGCGGGUCCCCCUGGACCGCCUCGGAGGACUCUGGAGGCUUGACCGGAGGCGGGUCCCCCUGGACCGC